AUGUAUCAGGUUCGGGGAGGAGAGAAGGAGAACAAGGCUGUUAGUGACAUUUUAGAUAAAGACAGUACUAGUAGUACUAGCAGCACCAGUAUGUAUGGUCAUACGACCCGCCAGUCGACCUCGACAGCGAUAAGGCAGGUCAACACUGUCGAUAUGGCCGAGCUUGAAUGCCAUAAGUGCCCUAAACUGGGAGUUGACAGUGUCGUCCUACUGAACCACCGACGACCACAUCCAAGCGAACAACUCAUGAGUCAUAAUACCACACAUCGCCUGGAAUAUGCACAAAGCCCUCUAUCCAAAAAAAAUGGUGAAUACAUCCAGUUGAUGCGGAUAAACUGUAGGAUCGCACCACAUCCAUACACCGCAAAGCAGGUUUUCGUCUCCAACGCCAACAACAGCCCGGAACGCAUCCGGUGGAGAAGGGCGAGUAGUCGAGAUGGUCCAGACCGUGAUGAUACACGCCGAGUCGAAGGCAGGAAUUGGUCCAACACGGGAAGUUUCGAGGAAAUUAAGGUGGAAGCGGAAUCAUCGCAGGCCAUUGAUUGA